UUGAUGAGAUGGUUGGUGUUCUAACAGAAGUGAGAAAUGGGAGCAAUCCUGCUGGGGCAGGGGACCAUGCUGACAGGACCUCCCCAGCCGCCCUGCCUCCCUUUGCUCAGGGCUGCCCGAGUGACCAUGGUUGAUGGAUGGCCCAGUUCUGCUCCUCUUCCCUCCUUGCCAGCCAGUGCCGGGAGUGUAAAGCUAAGGACACAGGCCAGCUAAGGUGACGGGACACAUGGCCUCGGGAGACAUGCUUUUUCCGCAAGGGGACGCUUCCCCCUGGAUCUCGGGUGAAGUCAGCUGCUAUGGAGAAACAGGUCAGCCGGUGAACAUGGAGACCACGUCUAACCCUGCAGCAGUUGCAGAAUUGCUCUUGGUCCAGUCGUCAGAGGAGUCAUGGGAGAGCGCUGCCGUCAGCAGCAAGAGCCAAUGCUCCGAGGAGCAUGUACUGACCUGCACGUUUGAAGCCUGUGACCUGGAACAAACAGGACAGGUGUCUGUUUUCCGUAUUAUCGAGUACUUACAGUCGGUAACAGGGCAAAGCUGUGAGGAAGGGAGACUGCAGUUGCUUUACAAAAUGCUGGACCCAGAAAAGAGGGGCGUCGCUGUGGAUUUACCGACCUUCCAUGCUGUCAUGAAGAACUGGAUUUCAGAAUGUCGGCAGGAUGGGGGAUUAGACAGCAGGAAGGAACAAGACAAGUUUGUGGACAAUAUGUGCCUGUGGCCAUCUGGGGGGAGGAGGCCUGUCUCUAGUGCUGCUCAGUUAGAAGGAUACGGCGGGGAUGUUAGCAGCAUAAACUCGGAAGAAGCUGCUGCCUUGAUAAGCAGCAUUGAAGACCUGGAGUAUGGGAAUAAAAAGUUGGCCGUGCAGAAUGCCAAGCUGCAGAGGACCAUCGAGGCAGCUGAGGAACUCAACUCCCGCCUCACCGAAGAGCUCUCCCAGCUGCAAGGCAGACUGAGAAGCACGCAACAGGCCCUGGAACAGGCUAAGUCAGUGACUGACGAACUAGAAGACCUGAAGGCUAUUGCAAAAAGUCUGGAAGAGGAGAAGGGCAAAUACUACUCACAAUCCCGGCAGCUGGAGAAGGAACAGCUGUGCCUCUCUCUACAAGUGGACUGUCUUCAAGAGGAGGCCCAGCUCUGUGAAUAUGAAACUCUCCUCUCCUGCAAAGACACUGCCCUUACUGAGAAAACAAACCAUGCGGAAGAACUGACAGCGAUGCUGGCGGAGUACAGGACAGUGGUGCAGGAGCUGAGACUGGAAACAAGCCAGCUUCAGGAGCAGCUGUGUCAAACCACCGAAGACCUGGCCAUGCUGCCGAAGGAGCUGCCCCACGAGCUUAAACCCCAUGUUCAGCUUCCCGCACAGCCACUCUGCGUGGAGAUAGAAGAGAUCCAGCAGGGACGAAAGGCUGAGGCCCGUCUGCCGAGCCCGCUGUGCGGGAUGUGGCCUGGCUCAGGAGCUCCUGUGUCGGCACAGCUGCUUGUGGGGAUGAGCCCCGUGGAUGUCAGGGCGGUGGCAGAGGAGCAGGAUGUGGGCGCGGCCAAUUGCACCCCAGCAUGGCUGGCUCAGCCGAGCGCCGCCGAGGAAGCCAAAGCCCUGGCUGAGCAGCAGCAGCGACUGAUGCCAGAGAUGCCAGAAAGCACAGAGGAGAGGAGAGACUGGCGCUGCCCUGCCAAGGAAGAGUUGUGUGUGCAUGGCGCAGAGGAGCAGCUUAAACUCGCCACGGGGACCAGCGAAGAGCACAGCUGCUUAUUCUGUGUGGAGACCCAUGUGCUUCCUUGGCCGGAAGGGAAGGCAGCAAAGCCUAUCUGUCUGGAGGCCGGGCCCACAGACACUCUAUUGUCCAGCCCAGCAGAGAGGAGCCCUGUGGGAGGCCUGCCGCAAGGUGCACUCGUCCCUGUGCAGAACCAGCUGUCCCCUGUCAAACAGAAGCAGCCGCACAACUGCUGGCUUGAAACCUUAGCCCCAUGGUUUCGCUCGGGCCUGAUAUUCCUUCUGCAUCAGCCACAGCCCCACCUCCUUCCCAGCCGCCUGCUGCUGGCCCUGCUUGUGACACUCCUCCUGCUGCCAGCGCUGUGCUAUCUGGUGCUGCCCAGCUGGACCAUGGCCACAGGGCUGGCGUGGCCACACCUCCAGCUGCGGUACCUCAGGCCCCCACCUGUGUGACCCCUUCCCACCCACAUGGGAAAGUGGCUCAUUGAGGGCCCGGGAAGGACCGUUUUAAGCUGCUGGGAGCAACUCUGACUUGAAGGCAAAUAAAGACAGUUUGGGCUGAUGACCCAGGAGCGCAGCUAUCAGUGCAAGGUCAGCCUGAGCCGUCACGGUCCUGUGGGUCCCCUCCCGCUGGGGCUCUUGUUCCUGGUCGCCUGAGGUCCCUUCUGUGGUGCUCUGACAGCUCUGAGUGGCCUACGGGCCUUGCUGCCAGCCCUUGGCAUAGGGGGCGGGGCAGGGGUGAGGCCAGGGUUCCCUGCAUGAUGACUAUUCCCUGCCCGUGCGGCACAGCAGGGGCUUGGCUGAACAGGCUGUGGCUGGAAUGUCCUGGCUUAUGGUGAUUCUGCCCCGCAGGCUGCUGAGGGGGCAGACUGGGGGCAUGGCUGGGGGGCACUGGGCUGUGCGAGUCUCUACUCCCAGGGCCCAUCGGGGGCAGAGCAGGGUGCUGUGGCUACUCCUCAGGGCCAGUGGGAAUAAGUUAGGGCAGAUCUAGGGCCGCCCCAGCUCGAGAGAUCACAAAAGGUGGCUUUAAACUCCAUGCCCAUCCCUGCCCCAAGCAGCUCAACCGAGGGCUCCGCUCCUGCGGCCAGACCUGGCCUAGAGCUCCACAGCCGCAGAGCCCUUAGGUGAGGCCUGGCCUGAGCAGCAGGAAAGAUCCCAGCUGUCAGCACUCAGGGUUACCCCCUCACCCCAGAGCCCUGGGUAUAGCGCUCAGCUCCCACCCCGGCACAUGCCCUGGUGCAUCCCACCCUGGUCCCCCAGGCUCGGGCGCAGCCACAGUGAGCAAGCAGACACUGACACGUUUAAGACUCAGCCACCCUGGGACCUGAAGCAUUUGUGGAGAAGCAACAAAACUGUGGACAAAAGCUAAAAGAUUGUGGACUCGGGGUCUGUCUACCUGGGAUCUGCCAGUUCUGCCCUCCCACCUUCCUCCCCCUCAAAAUCAAGCCAGGCUGCGGCAGCUCCCCAUCAACAUCAACUACGAUUUCUCAGCCUGAGACGCAGGGAUUGGGAACCGCAGACCGACAGGUCAGGCGUGUGGCUGGGUUAACUUCUUCACUGGUUUAUUUGCAGCUCCCAUUCUCUGCACAGCGCAUCGGGGGAGAAAUGCCUUUCAGUGGGGGGGCCCAGAAACAGAGCAUCCAUACACAGCUGACCCAUUUCCACGAGCCACUGGAUCCUCUCCCAAUCCAACCCUAACCCCAAUCUAUCACUCCCCUCAAAACACAGCUAUUGACCUAACAUCUCUGCUCUGAGGGACCCAAACCCCACCAUGGUCCCUGGCUCCCCACCCACCAGGUACGUCAAUGGAGUGGGGCCAUCAACAUCCUCAGAACCUGCCACCCUUCCUGACUGCAGGACUUCCAAAGCCUCCAGCUGUUGCAAACUGCACUCAGCCUGGACGUUCUUAUUUCUCUGGGGAGCAAGUAACCCUCUCCCUCCAUCGCACCCACAGGUGGCACAGCUGUUCCUGUCCUGGUGAAGACCUGCUCUCCAACUGCAGAACAAACCAAAGAGCUGCUAACGGGACCAGAGAUUCAACCACGCUAGCGUCUGUGUUACCACAGCCUGGUGUUUGAUCGGACAGGGAGGAAUUACAACCCCUCAGCUCAUGGGAUUUUGCUUCCCGCGCUUCUGUCUUCAGUCGUUUCAGGGGAUGUUUCCUUCUCCUACGAAAAACAGCCAGCAAACUGAAGGACAUCUCUGGGCCGACGCCGGGGGUAGAGUAGGGUAGAUUGGUGCAGUUUUGAAACUUGUUUUUAGUUGGAGCUUCAGGGACGAAUGGAACCAUGAAAC